AUGGAGGUGCUAUCCCACUCCAAGACGUCGUCGAAAGGGCCGUCGUGGAGGCCCGGGGCGGCGCUGGACUUCUCCCAGCCCCUAGUAGUUCCGCUUGAGCGCGAUGGACUGGGCGAGCAGGCGGCAGGUCAGGAACUUCCGAGUCGCCGCCGUCUCGUGGCUGGUGAAGGUCAGCGCGAGGGCCUUGACGCUGCCGGCGAAGAUGUGGCCGACGACGGGCUCGAUUUGGACGACGGCCGCCAUCGGGUCGGGCGGGGCGCCGCCCUCCUCCUCCCCCGACGCGGGCGGGAUCUGCCAGACGAAGCGAAUGUCGUCUUUGGUGUUGUUCUUCAUAACAAAGCGGUGCGUCUUGGGGUGGUCGAGGUAGCAGUCCCCGAGGUCGAUGAGGUCCGUGCUCGCGGGGUCGAUGCCCUCGAAGGAGAUGAGUUGGGUGUAGCUCCGGGCCUCGACCAAAAUUUCCUUAUUUUCGAACGGGUUGUCCGUGAGGGAGGCGCAGAGCCGCAUGAAAAACUUCCCGGGCCGGGUCGGCUCGAAGCGGACGUCGAAGCUCUCCUUGGCGCCGACGGGGAUGGUGACGUCCUCGUCGAGCCUCGCCAGCCGCAGCGCGUCCUCGCGGUCGUCCUCGCCGAGGAGGGAAAGCCGCAGGUCGGCCGGGAUCUCGCCGAUGUUCUGAAUCGCAAAGGCCCGCGUCGAGCUGGUGCCGACGAGCGUGAGGGGGAGCUGCAGGAGAUGCGCGGCGGGCGGGGCCGCCUUCGGGCAGUCGUUUAA